AUCAAUUAUUAAACGAGAAACAAGGACGAAGAGAAUAAAAUCAAUAUAGAGGUAGAAAAGAAAUAAGAUAACGACUUAUUGUAUUGAUAAUUGGUUGACUGCGAGGCUGAAUAUCGACGGAGAGAACACCGAACUAAAGGUAAUUGAAGGAUCAUUGUUGAUAAUAGUACGCCUGGCCGAAACACGACCCCGCUUGUCGUUGCUGUCACCUGUCAUUCUUUUUUAAACAGACUUGCACUUCAGGUCUCAUUUUAACAGAAGGGGUAAACGUGUCUUUAUUAUAUGAUUGCAAUUUAUAGAUUACCAAAAUGGCAGCCCCCAUCUACUUUCGAUGGCCACGCUUCUGAUACCACAAACUCCUCAGUGUCCUCCCCGAAAAGCAAAACAGUGUAUGGCAUACAGCAGCACGGACUUUAUAAGGCCCGCUAAUGGCAAGAGACAAUGCUUACUAUUGUUUGCAUCUCGAUGUAUGGCUCUACUGGCGAAGAAAAGUUAAAUACGAUCGACAGAAACCAAGCUGCAGUUUUGGUAUCAAAAAUGGCACAGUAUCAUUAUUCCAGUAUGCUGACUAUCGGAAGGAGCAUGGGGUUGAGAGCCGGUAUGUAUCACAAUUAAAAAACAAAUUGGAAUUACUAGAAGCAGAAGUUCGAGAACUGAAGUCGCUUGCUACAAAAAAUGUACAGUUUGAACAAUCUCCAUUCACACCAAGUCUCUCUUCAAAUGCCAAUGAAGCGAUACAUAUCAGCAGCGACCUUUCUGCUACUCUUUCCGCUCCUCCUGCCAUGUCAGUACGCACAGAACAUGACGGAACCCGAUGUCCAUCGCGAAGUACAUAUGCCGAACUAUGCACUGCCUGGUUCUACAAAGUCCACGCUUGGUUUCCGAUCCUGCACCUACCAACUGUUAUUCAGACUUUACAAGACACUUCUAUUUACAUAGACUUGUCUCCUAUAUUUAUCGUGCGGAAAGCUAUUGCGGCAGUGGCAUUGUCACACGUGGGUUUUCCCACAAGCUUGAGUUUCGACCAGCGUCGAAUCCUUUGAGCUGACUAUGCGCAAUAAAUUCGAUUGAUUCCUUCGUAGGCUAUGGACUCUUUAUAUCC